GGAAGGCGGUUUUCUGUUGAACAGACAUUGGCGCCUUGAGGUUGAAAUGCACUUCGGAGUAGGCAUCCGUCCCCCUGUUUCUUUGGGAAAGGAGCAUCCUCCCUCCCUAUUAUUACCAAUCACCAUAAUGACUGUCGGUGUUUGCGGUGGCGAAAGACUACGAUUUCUGAGAUUCAUUCAGCACAACCUCCCCCCUCAAGGUUCUCCGCCGAUGUUCACGUAUAGUUAAAUCGUCAAGGGAUUCAUUAUUCGUGAUUUUCUUCUUCUGUGAGGCCUACUUCAUGCGGCGAUUGCCUUAGUGAACGACUGAUAUAAUCACACCCCAGACAACGAUCGUUAGUCUCGAUGCUGGCCCGUCAGCACGGGAAGCACUCUCAAUCAGUGGCGUUUGCCAUGCGUAGCGCUUCAUGACGUGAAACGCUUGUGCGACCAGGUUCCUUUUAAACAAAAAUAAAAGGUUUUCUCUGUUACGCAUCUUAUUGUCUCACGCACUUUGUAGACUUCAAACCCAGUCAAUCGGGUAUGUAUCCUUUCUGACCGCCGGAAAAGUCGUCUUCUAUACUUUUCUAACACCCCGGCUCAAUCGAUUUUUCACCCAUCCAUUAACUUUUUUCUGUUUUUCCCUCAUUCGGAUUACUACAUGAGAUAAAUAACGUGUAACCGGACAAGUAACCGCGUCGUCUCUAACCCCUGUCUAGCGCUUCGAAUAGUACACGCGUUCCUUCGUUUUUCAAGGAAGUGAAUCGCCCGGUCAAAAUGACGAUGGCUCGUCGAGGAUUGCAGAAGUCGGACUGGGGUGUUCUUGGUGAAAAGAUCCACUGGCCUGCCGGGUUUUUUCCGGAGAGGCGACUUCCAGGGACCGGCGUGCACGGUGAAACAUGGGUGAUUAAAAAUAAUGUCAUGCAGGUUUCCAAGGAACUCACUGACCUCAGAGACAAAUUGGUGGCAGGCAUACAGAAGCUGGACCAAGGUAUCGAAGAGGCGGCGGCGGCGAUGAACGAACCCCUCGAAGGGGAAGGUGACGAUGAUAUCGGCUAUGACGAUGAAUUCGAUUUUGCAGACCGUUUUGACCCACAUGACAGGACCGACCCUGAGGUGCUCCUUGAAGAACGCCAAGGGCUUCAGACCGAAUUGCAAGAUCGACUCGACGAGGUGAACGGCAAACUGGCAGAGAUGCAACAAAAUGAACUAAACUUUACGUGGAAGAGGAGAGAAAUACCUCAUCAGCUUCAUUGCCUUACCCGGCCAUGGGAAGAUUUCAACAAGGCAGAGAUGCUUGCGGCCAAGCAAGCAGCAGAUGAGGCGGCAGCUGCUGAGCGCGAGGCUCUUGAACGAAGAUCGAGGAGGAAAGGAAAUGUGGCACCUGAGCCUUCGAAAGAGGACGAACCCGACAUGCCUGACACAUUUGUAGCCAAAUUGGUCGAACCAGCUCCGGUUUACACGGCAGACGGCCGGAGGAUGGGCUUUUCCGAUGGCGGCAGCGACAAUGCAGACACACUUCUUGCAGAAGGCGAAGCGCAGAUGAAAGUCAUCUGGCGUUUCAUUGUAGAGAGGGGAAAUUUCGACUUCGAAGAUGUCGGAUUAGUUCCUAUAGUUUACGUGGGUACAAUCAAGCGACAGCACAAGGAUUUCAAGCCCGUUGAAAACGCGAUCUUUAUCAGGCCGUAUUUCAAGCACGGAACCGUUGGAGAUGUGAUCAAGAAUCUCGCCGGCAAAAAGAAGUCCCUCUACUAUAAAGAUGAUUUGCUUGUGACGAACGCGCACAAGUUUAUCUCGUGCAUGGCCUACAUGGAGAAUUGCAGGUUGUAUCAUGGCAGCAUUCACCCGAACAACAUUUUCGUCUCGGACGACGGUUUCAGGCUUCUCGUUGGCGACUUUCUCCCUCCAUCGGAGUUCAAGCGGUGGAUGGUGAGCGUGGCGAAGCGAUUAUCAUCCGUCCCGACCUUCCUUUCACCGGAAUAUCGGGAGGCACUGGUGACGGCGCGGAUACAGAAGCCCCAGUACUACACAGAAACGCUUUCACCGUACAAAAACGACGUCUACGCCUUUGGACUUGUUUUGCUUUACUUAGCCACAAUGGAAGAGCCGACGGGUGUGAAUCAGAGCGCCAAGAAAGCAGCCCGGGCCGUCGAGCGGCUGCGGCAUAAAGGUCGGCACGAAGAUUUGCUUUCGUUGGUUUCGGCUAUGCUCACAUUCAAUCCACAAGAACGCCCGAGUUGGAAAGAGCUCUUGAUGACGGGUGAAAGAUUACAGCUCCAAGCGGCAGAUGUGCUUCGAGGUCUUGGGAAUCUCUUCGGAGUGACUCUAACAAACCCGGAAGACCAGUAUAUGGACAAGGAUCUAAGGGAUCCACGGCGAGCACACGCGGCUGCAACAAAACAUAUGAAGCGCCAAGAGGGAGGACAAACGGCAUGCACGAUUAUGUAGUCGCCAACAGAGCGGCAGAUCCUGUGGAGCCGCUGUCAGUUCUGCGGCGCAUGCAUUCGGGCAUCGGCUGGCUCUUUCGGAGUCUUUCUUCUAACGCUUUGGAAGAGCAGGUUCGUCGCUACAGCGGCCGAAGCCUGGGCGAGCAAGUGUUCAAUAAGCGUGAUUACGAAAGUGUCGUGAUGCGGUAGACGCGCGCUCACAGUUGGGAUAGUUCACUGACUGUGUCUGAUUCGUGUUGUGAGGAAACGAGGCGACUGCAAAACUGCGCUUUUGGUAUAGGGAUGAGCUGUGUGAGGCCUCUGGAAUGUCGUGUUCGGUCCGGGGAGUCAACAGCUCGACUGUGCUCGAACUUUCGCCAAAUGUGCGUAUCCCGGAAGUGAUACGACAAAAACAGUUUGACAGGCCAGGCGUCCCCCUUUUUGUUCAUGCAGCAAGUGGUGCAGCGGAUUCAUCACUUCCACCGUGCUACAACCAGCAACUUGAAUGUGGGUCACGCUGCUUCGCAGGUGCUUGUCUGUCAAUAUCUCUGUCCCCAUGCUGCCUUUCACACGCAAGAUGUCCUUGAAACGAAGACGUCUUAUGGCAGACUCCAAAGUCGAAAAUGUGGUGAAAAUAAGUUCCGCG